GACCGAGUAAGAUUAAUGUCUCCGGAUCCGUUGCGGGGUGCAAGCGAGGAGAUUCGGGAUGAGGAGCCAGAGCCGCGUACGGAAGGAAGAAAUCGGGACUCGAGGGAGGGGGAUCCAUUCAAUGGUAGGUUACACAUGCAGCUGUUGGAUGGGGUGUUGAAGGACUUGCUUUCAGAAGGAAGGUUGUAUUUGGUUCCUUUGGUGUUCAUGGAGAGUGCGUCGAUUCUGCACGUGCUCACUGUUUCGGCUUCGGCAGGGGUACAUAAUGCCCGUUUUCCAGUGGUUGCUCUUUCCGCUAUGCCGAAUCAGCAACGUGCCCUCACGGUGGCCCGGGAAUGGGUGGGCUCCUCGGCUGAAUUGGCCAUGGUUCCUGGAACUUCGGCCAUCCGCUUGUUGGCUCCUACGAAUCAUGGUUUUUCGAUAGGUUUAUACUGUUUUUUUGUGAGAGCCAAGUUUGAACAGUUGCAGAGUAAAGUCCCGUUCGCCCCCACCUUCGGGUGGCGGAACUUCGCGCUGGUACUGGACUUUGCGGAGGCGGAGGUACAUGCAGUGGUCACCGCUAUGUCUGCCCCCUUGGGGAUUCUUACGGACCUUGAUAAGCGCAUGCCGGUAGCCAAGAGGUUCUCCAGCACCAGAUUCUGGUACUGUAUUGACGAGUGGCUGUAUGGCCCGCAGCGGAGAGUGCAGCCGCCCCGGGGGGCCGCCUCGGGGACAGCCUCACAGGCCACGGGUCAGACGGGGCCCUCCAAAAGGCAGAAUGGUCCGGUGGUUCCGCGAAGGAGGUCGAGGGUUUCGGAGACCAAGAUCUCGGAAUCUAGGUUAAGGGGUGGUAGCCUGUCGCUCCCGGAGUUUGGGUUUGGAGGAGCUUUUCACUUGUGGGCUCCGGCUCAGGGGACCAGAGGAGGGGUGGCUGUGAUCCUCACAAAGUUUUUCACAGGUAAGGUACUGGAAUUUUUUUGGGAUACGUUGGGGACGUGGGCAUGGGUGUAUAUCGAGGAAGGGGGAAAGAGAUUGUUGAUUGUGACCGUGUAUGCCCCGGUGGACAUCACGGACCGUAAAUGGUUUUGGAGAAAUUUUACAGCCUGCCUCCCUGACUCGGAUCGUGUGAUUGUGAUAGGGGACUUUAACACGGUAAUCCGCUCGGGUAGAGACUCGUUAGUGCCAGGGGACCCGAAGCCGGAUGCAGAAGCGUUGUGUGGGGUAAUGGCCGAUAUGGCCUUGGUGGAUGCCUUUCGAAGGUUUAACCCUGAGGAGAAAUGCUUUACUUGGUUCGGGGCCUCACCCCUCCUGCGCAGCAGGCUUGACAUGGCCUGGGUUUCUUCGGAUCUGCUGCCGAACCUUCAGAGCUUUGAUCAGCAGCUGGUUCCGAUUUCAGACCAUAAGUUCAUCAUGGUAUCGCUCGCAUUGCACCCCCAGGUGGUCAGAAGGCCGCCUCCGAUGGCAGCCCCGGUGUGGCUGUUGUCUGAGUCACUUGGUAAAGAUCUGGUGAAGCAACAUUGGGAGCUCUGGCUUGCAGCACGCCCGGAGCGUAAGCCGCUUUUAGACCAUUUUCAGCAGGGGGUCCGGGCUUUGGCGGCAAACAUGAAAAAAAGAGUUAAGGCAUCCAGGCCGGCGCAUGACCGUACAGGCCAAGAGUACCUCCUGCGGAUGGAAGCCUUGGGGGAGGUGCCGCCGACAGGCUCGGAGGAUGUGGUGGGCGGAGUGGGUUCUGCUACACUCAGAGUGGGCGGAUUGGCAGGCCCGGGAUGCAGACCUCUGGGGAUUAGCAUGAAGAGGUCAUCUCACUCCCCCUUGAUUGUUUCUAUGGGACAUYCUUUUGAUCCGUUGGAACCAAGGGCGGAUAGUACCUCAGAUAUCCUCAGGUACGUGGAAUUGUUCUAUGGCGAUUUGUAUCGCGAGGAUGAGAACUGGUCAGUUGAGGACAUGGCUUCUUUACCCAUGAAUGACGUAUGGUCAAAGUGYGCCACCUUUGUCACACCGGAUCAUAGGGCGGCUCUGGACGCGCCUAUCACACAAGAGGAAGUAGCAGAGGCGAUGGGUGGGAUGCACAGGGGAGAAGAAGCUCCCCCGACCAAUUUUGGACAGGCCGCGAUCAUUCUCUUGUAUAAGAAAGGGGAUGUGGAAGAAGUUAGGAAUUCGCAGCCCAUCUCUCUGCUAUCGGCGCCAUAUAAGAUAUAUGCGAAAGUAUUGGCCAACAGGGUCGCUCGUGUUUUGCCAUCUCUUGUCCACCCGACACAGACGGGGUUCGUGGUUAGAAGACAGAUUCUGGUAAAUGUCCUUUUGGUUCGACAGAUCAUGGAAAGGGCGCGAUGUUCCCAGCCCCUUUUGGUUACUCUGUUUUUGGACUUCGAAAAGGCCUACGACAUGGUUAGAUGGCCUUUUCUUCUGCAGGGCAUGAGACAUAGAGGGGUGGGGGAGGGCUUUGUUAAGGCAGUUGAAGUGGUUUUGGGGAUGGCUGAAGCCAGAGUUCAGAUUAAUGGUUUUUUGUCCUCCCCUCUGAGGAUCACGCGCUCUGUAAGGCAAGGUUGUCCCCUUUCUACUGCACUGUACAUUCUGUACGUUGAGCACCUACAUGAAAUGAUCCGGGCAAAUGACCAGAUUUUUGGGUUCGAGUUACCUGGGGGGGAGCAGGUGAAAUCUAAUGCGUUCGCAGACGAUACUGCUGCGAUGUCCCAGUUGACAAACGAUAGCGUCUCGGCCUUACGUAGUGAAGUGUCCCUGUUUGAGAAAUAUGCGGGGGCACGGGUAAACUGGGGGAAAUCUGUGGCGGUGGUCCCGGACGGUGCUGAUAUCGCAAUAUUUCAAGGCAUGAGGACUCAGUCAACUGAGGAACAGUUCCUGUACCUAGGCAUCCAGAUCCCUGCGGCAUUAUCUUCAGGGGAUCAGUUAGAGGAUCUCCUUCAUCGCGCAGUGACGCGAAUGACGGCUUGGGCCAAACGCGCAACGCAUGGGGUAUUUGGUAAGGUUCUCAUUGCUAACAACGCGAUUUCCGCAACGUUAUGGUAUGCGGGAGCGGUAUCGGACCCUCCUAAGCGGGCGUGGAAAGGCUACAAGGGCGCCCUUAGGAAAUUUCUAUGGAAGGAUGACCCUUGCACUUCGCAUCUUAUCUAUAGGGUGCGAUGGGAGAAAUUGGUGCAGCCAAGAUCGGCUGGGGGCCUGGGGUUGUUGGACCCUCGAGUGCAGGUUGCUGCCCUGCAAAUGCGCUCUGUUCUGUGGCCCCUUUUAGAGGAUGAUGCGGAGCCUUGGAAGGUUGUUACAUUACAAGAGUUGGCGGAAGCGAUCAGGGUGCAUCCGGCGGACGUUGAAACGACCCUUCUCCACCCUUAACUUUUAUAUGGCCUCCGUCGGGAGGCGCUGUGGUCAUGUACCCUGGAAAAGUGGCGUGAAGCGCCCCUAAGGUAGU